GAAGAGCAACUGAAGAGAAGUUCAUCUGUUUGUGCUGAAGCUGCGAGCAGACUCCUGGUCCUCUGAGGGACUCUAUGGUCGGCCUGCUGUCACACGGUAAAGAUGUCCGCUGACUCCGUCCUGCGUCCUCCUGGGGGGGCGGCGACGGCGCUGCAGGUCAAACCGGCCGACGUCCCCGCUCUGGAGAUCAAGCUGGGCGCUCUGGCCGUGCUGCUGUCCGUCACGCUGCUGUUCGGCUUCGCUCCGCUGUGCAUCGUCCGCGGCGCUGGACGCUGCAGCGUGGAUCCAGAUGUGCGUCGGCAGCUGCUCAGUCUGAUCAGCUGCUUUGCUGGAGGUGUUUUCUUUGCCACCUGCCUGCUGGACCUGCUGCCAGAUUACCUGCAGGGCAUCAGCGAGGCCUUCAGCAACGCCGGCAUCAUGCUGCAGUUCCCUCUGCCGGAGUUCAUCGUGGCGAUGGGCUUCUUCCUGGUCCUGGUCCUGGAGCAGGUCGUCUUGGCCUUGAAGGACCGAUCGUCCCUCCAGCAGGAGGAGCGCAGCGCUCUGCUGGUUGACUCCAACAUCCAGCGCCGCCGCCGGAGCUCCGCGGACUCCAACGGUCACGGUCAUGUGGACCUGAGCUCACAGUCGGCCCUGCGAGCCUUCAUUCUGGUCUUCUCGCUGUCGCUGCACUCAGUGUUCGAGGGCCUGGCGGUGGGGCUGCUGGAGAACGCCGGCGAGGUUCUGGAGAUCUGCCUGGCGAUGAUGAUCCACAAGAGCAUCGUGUCUUUCAGCCUGACCGUGAAGCUGUCGCAGGGGCGGCUGCGGCGCUCGGCGGUGGCCGGCUGCCUGCUGCUGUUCGCCGCCAUGUCGCCGCUGGGCAUCGCGCUGGGCAUCGCCCUCACCGAGACCAAGACGACACCUCAGCACCAGCUGGCUCGCUGCACGCUGGAGGGGCUGGCGGCGGGAACCUUCAUCUACAUCACCUUCAUGGAGAUCCUACCGCACGAGCUUGCCGUCCCCGCAAACCGUAUCCCCAAGGUGGCCAUGCUGCUGGUGGGCUUUGCCGUGGUCACCGCCGUGCUCUUCAUCAAACUGUAACCGUGACAACACCAACUCUCUUUUUUCAAGUUUGUAUUCAACGUGUUACGAAAACUAAUCCACAGAAAUGAGAAGCUGCACAAACGUCAGCCGAGAACAUUUAUUACAUGCACAUUAUAUAUUUUUAAUCUGUAUUUUUAAUAGAAGAAAUAAGAGAACCACACACCUUCACAUCCUCAAGUUCAAUUUUUAUUUUAUUUUAUUUUAUUGAUUAGUUUGAACAUUUUUAAAAUAAUUUUAAACCUUUCUGAGGCAAUUUUCGCCAUUUUUGUAGGCUUUUUGAAAUGUUUUUUUUUAGGUUGGACCAUUGUCUCAAGUCAUUUCAAUCUUUUGGAAGCAUUUUACAUAAUUUUCGGGCCUUUUGGGCAAUUUUGUGUCCUGUUGGGCAAGUUGUUUUUUUUUUUUUCAAACCUACUGACUGGCUAAAAAGUAGCUCUGUGGAUCUGCACUCGACUGCUCUUCCUGAGUGACUCGGAUGUGUUGCGCAGUGUGGAAUUUUAGAAAGUGAAUGUGAAUGGUGAAAACCAACUAUAGAUGGUUGAAUUUUCAGUGAGUACCAUAUACAUUUUCAUACCAAAAAUUGUCCAAAAUAACUCAUAAUUCGUCCACAGUAAGUCAAAACUUAUGCAAAAUGUGUCAAACUUAUUUUUUUUACAAAUUAUUUUGAAUUUGUGCAAAAUUAAUCCAAAUUCUUGUGAAAUUACUUUUUUUUUUUUUUUACAAAAUUGCUCAGAAAUUGCCCAGAAUGACUCAGUGAUGCAAAAACGAGCCAAAGUACAGCGUCACACCGUCGCAUCAUCACAUCUUCAAGACAAACGACUCACCAGCAAGCCGAGAAAGCAGCGAGACGUUCACGAGUGAAAAACAUCUCAGUACAACAAAUCCAUCUGUCUGUGUAUCCUGACAGAGAUGCCAUGUGGGCAGAAAUAUGUACCACAAGAAACUAAAUUCCAAAGAACUAUAUUUGAAUUUGAAAUUAUUUUACCAUAGCCACAACAGUUUGACUUUUACAGUAAAAAUAAGAGGAGACACUGGUCACGCUGCAGCUGAACCUGAAUCUUAAUGUCAAGAACUGAAGCUGAAUCAUGACAAAAAAAUGUAGACUUGAAUUUUCAUUGAGGAUCAAUAAACACUUUCAUAGCAAUUCAGUUUCAAAAUAUUACAUUUAAUUUCCAGUUUAUUGGAAUUCAGUUUUUCAGUCUAAUUUUUUAAAGUAGAAAAAUUCAAAUAAAAAUGAUUUAAAUUCAAUUUUCAGUGGCACAAGUCUGCUGAUAUAGUUUUUCGGUGCAGUUUAGCGCUGCAACAGUUAAUUGGUUAUCAUGUAUUAAAUAAUUAAUUUUUGUUUUUGGGGAUUUUUUGGGGGUUAAAAUAUGUAUAUUUACAUACAUACACUGUCAUUUUCUGUGAUUCCAUUUCCUUAAAAGUUAACAUUUUCCUCUGUGAUAGUAAACUGAAUAUCUUUGUGGACAAAACAAGACAUUUGAGGAAACACUAAAAGACAUUUUUCAUCAUUUUCUGACAUUUUAGAGACCAAAUGAUCGACAGAUUAAUCACUCCACUCUCACUUGGACUCUCACUGUGGUUUGUUUGUGGUGCGACAUGUGAUUAUCAUGUAAAUUUAUUUUAUGUAUGUAUAUUGCCCUCUUUAGCACAAUAAUGACAACUAUUUUCAUCUGUGAUGCUGAUCUGCUGAUUAUUUAUUUAAUUAUUUUCAAUAAUUUAACUCUAAAAUAUCACAGGAUGAUGAAAAUGUCCAUCACAGUGUCAUAAUACUAAAGUAAAUGUCUCUAAAAAGA